AAAGGCAAAAGCUGGGAAAAACAAAAAGAAAGGCAGCAGAGCCCCCCCCCCCUCUCUCUCUCUCUUCCUAUCUAUACUCUACCUGUGUAUAUCUGCUGCUUCACCUUCUCCGGGGGGAGAGAGAGAGAGAGAGAAGCAGGACUGCAGCACACGUCUGGUAGCGCCAGGCGCCAUUUAUUUCGCCCUGGUUUCAUCUAUGGAUUCUCUUCUCUCUACUUUCCGUCUCAUAGAAGUUCGCUUCGUUCCCACGGCAUCCGAUUAGAGAGAGGGGGAGAGAAAAAACACAACAAGUCACAAUUUGAUUCGAAAAAUCUCUCUCUCUCUCUCCCUCUCUUUUUUAUCUCCGUGUUUCCAACUCUGGCGGACCUCAAAGGAACCCUAGCGUUCCUAAUAUCUUCAAUCUCUUCUCGUUUAGCGGAUCGAUUUGAUUUCAAAUCGAAGAAGAAGAAGAGAAGAGGCUUUUACCCUGUCAAUAUGCUCUGGAUAAUGAGGUUCUCAGGGUUUUUCUCCGCAGCAAUGGUCAUGAUCGUUCUCUCUCCGUCUCUUCAAUCAUUUCCACCGGCAGAAGCCAUUAGAUCCACUAACCUCGACGGUUACCUUCGCUUUCCAGCGCAGAUUCCGGCCGUCGAUUCGCCCAAUCGGUUAUCGUUCCGGAAAGCAUCCACAUUUCGCAAUGCCGAAGAAUGCAGUUCAACAUUGGGGAAAACAGGUGUCUGCCAUCCCUCCCUCGUUCACGUUGCGAUUACUCUGGAUGUUGACUACCUUCGUGGCUCAAUCGCAGCCGUACAUUCGAUUCUUCAGCAUUCAAAGUGUCCCGAGAGCAUCUUCUUUCACUUCCUUGUCUCCGAUGUCAAUCUGGAAACCCUAGUCCGAUCCACUUUCCCUCAUUUGAAGUUCAAGGUCUAUUAUUUCGAUCCGGAGAUUGUACGCAACCUGAUCUCCACAUCCGUGAGGCAAGCGCUUGAGCAACCGCUGAAUUACGCCAGGAAUUACUUAGCCGAUUUGCUGGAGCCCUGCGUUGCCAGAGUGAUAUACUUGGACUCCGAUCUCGUAGUGGUCGAUGAUAUUUCGAAGCUCUGGACCACCACUUUGGAAAAUAAGACCAUCGGAGCGCCGGAAUACUGCCACGCUAACUUCAAAAAAUAUUUCACGGCGAGUUUUUGGUCCGACAAGAGGUUUUCCGGCACUUUCGUCGGCCGGAGGCCGUGUUAUUUCAACACCGGCGUCAUGGUAAUAGAUCUGGUGAACUGGAGGCGGUUCGGUUAUACGAAACGGAUUGAGGAAUGGAUGGAGAUUCAGAAGCGUGGGCGGAUCUACGAGCUCGGGUCUCUGCCGCCUUUUCUUCUGGUCUUCGCGGGACACGUGGCGCCGAUUGAGCACCGUUGGAACCAACACGGAUUGGGAGGGGAUAACGUGAGAGGCAGCUGCCGGAAUCUCCAUCCCGGUGCGGUGAGCCUCCUCCAUUGGAGCGGCAGUGGCAAGCCAUGGCUCAGGAUUGAUUCGAAGCAACGGUGCCCACUCGACGCUCUAUGGGAACCAUUCGACUUGUACGGACACUCGACAUGAAAGUGGACCGGGGCUCGCUCGCCGCCGGUGGUAAAAAAUCCCUCCAGUUACUACUUUUUGAUAUUUUUAAUCUCUCAUUUUUAUUUUCCUUUUGUUUCUUUGUGUUUUCUUGAUUUUGAUUUUUAUUUCUUCUUUUAUUUAACUUAUUAUCAUCAUCCUCAUCCCAGGCGAUUUGUAUUCUAUUCUAUUACUGUGCCUUCCAAAAUAAAAAGAAGAAAAAGAAAAAGAAAAAAAAAGAUAUUCAAUUCAAUAA